AUGGUGAUGGCGCUGGCCAUGGCCAUGGCCAUGGCGAUGACCGAGCUGAACCGCUUCUGCUACCGCACCCUUGUCAUUCAGCGCCCGCAGCACGGUCAUAGACUCAUGGGUGCAAAAUCACACCCCCAAAUACUCCAAAUACACUCCCCCCACCCGCCCUCCAACUUGGCCAACCACAUCGCCUCCUCAACCUUGCCCAUCUUCCAUGGCUCCUCCGAGACCCUCCUCAAACUCUCUGCCAAUGCUCCAAUCCUCACCAGCCAGCUUCGCGACCGAAGCCUCUUGGAGCAGCCCACCCCGGGCCAGUCCUUUCGCGGCACUGUCGUCCUUCCUUGGAUUGCCCACCUCGAUGCCUUGCCGCAUGCUGAUUUCACGACCGCCUUUCCUCAGUCCGCCUCUCCUGCUCCCUCCAACAUCCGCCUCUCUCCCGACAAACGCUUGACUUCGUCUUCACUUACACUCGACGUUUGCAACGCACCCGUUCCCUGGCAGCUGCUCAUCAUCGACUUCCUUGCCGCCUGCCAUUGGCUUCACUCCUCCCAGCCGAAAGAAGCAAACGGGCACGAUUCUGACCAACUCGCAAAACGCUCGCCAGUCGCCCGCGAUUUCGCCCACGGCGACCUCACCACGGCUCUCGCCUCUUUCCUGGCCUGUCCCUCCAUGCCUGCUCAACUAUUGACCACUUCUUCACAUCAUCCUUUUCCCACUCUCACCUCUGCUCACGAGCUCGGCCCCUGCUCAUAUGCUCACUCAACCGCCUCCUUCGACUUGAAUACAGCAUCCUCUGGCCACGGCCCUCUGGCAUCUCGUGUCCGCUCUCGACCUCUAGCGGCCAACAUGAGUGCCACAUACCAAUCCUCCUACGCCGCCUAUGACCAUGCUGCACACAAUUAUCCUGCUGCCGUUGCCCAACCAAGCAGACCCAAGGCCAUGGCAGCAGACCCCCGAAGUCUCCAAUAUCUACGCUACCCGUCUCAGCCCGGCCAGCAGCCAGUGCACCAACAGUCUUUGUCACAGCCUCAGCACGCCCUCCGACACGACGUUCCCACCAGAUCUCAGCAGCCGCCUAGGGAUUCUCGCUACUUGGCGCGUCCGCCUACACCUUCUUCCGAUACCACGAUGCCAACCCAAGAAAGUCGCUCCAGACGAAACUCGGAUACACUCAUCUUUCACAGCCUCCAAAUACCAAAAUGUAUUAGCCCAGCUGGAGGAAAUCUGGCAGACUUUGCCGCUCAGAUGACGUGUUUAUUUUGGUUCCAGUCAAUGGAUGACCUGAAGAAAGCCGAAUCUAUCCGAUCGAUUCCCGCCGCUGCCACACUGCCUCGACUGCCCUCCUUGGCCAAACCGUACGACCAGUUUCGAAAAUGGACUCUGAAUGUACUCUCCACAACGCAGGUGACACAGAAUGUCAUCUUGCUCGCGCUCCUCUUCAUCUAUCGUUUGAAGAUGUCAACCCCGCAGAUUAAAGGCCGGGCCGGUAGCGAAUAUCGACUGCUGACUGUCGCUCUCAUGCUGGGUAACAAGUUCCUUGAUGAUAAUACCUAUACCAACAAGACUUGGGCUGAGGUAUCCUGCUUUGCCGUCCAGGAGAUUCACGUCAUGGAAGUUGAAUUUCUCAGUAACAUGCGAUACAACUUGCUGGCUUCCAAGGAGGAAUGGGAUACGUGGCUGACCAAGCUUGGCUGCUUUCACGAGUACUAUGACCGCGCCCUUCGUCAACCUGCCUCGCCUCUGCACAUGGCUGCCAAUGUAGGCAUGUUACAGUCCCCGACAUUGUCACCCAAGGCCAGCAUGCUACCCAUGCUGCCUGAUUUACCACCCUACACUCCCACCCACACCAAGACGUUCUCUCCUACUUCAAGUCACUCGCAGGAUUGGCACACUUACCAGGCAAACGCCGUCUCGCCGCUCGCAUCGAAGCCUGUUCGCCUUGCUACUUCGCGCAAGAGAAGCCUCGAAUAUGAUGCUGCCGACCACCCCGCCAAGAGGCAGAUGCCCCCGCAGAUGGCCCCUGGCAUCGUUCCCGGUAACGGUGUCCGUCCUACUGGUUCUGUAGAGGGACGACCUCCCAUUCCGCAGCUCAGCGUCGUGACGAGCCAAGCCCAGCCAGUCGCAACAUCGUACCAGCCAGCCGGUCAGAUUUAUACUCCAAACUCCAACAUGCCUCUUCCACCGCUCCAGCUUGGUGUCCGUGCCAUGUCAUCGGUAUAUCAGCAACCGCCCAGUGGUGCCUUGGCCCAACAGCAAUCUCAGCCUCAGCAUCAGCAGCAGAUGAUGCCGGCAUCGACGAUGUCAGCUGUCUAUCCUGCUUCAGCGACGGCUGUCCAUCCUCCUGUCAACCUAGGGACACCCAGCAAGCGUCGCAGUCCUGGCCACCUGGUGCAAUACACAUCAUCGCCCAUGGCGGAGGCCUACGGAGCGGGAUCAGCCAUGCAUACACCUCUUGCACUGACGCCUUUGGCCAACUCGCCUAGCAUUUACCUGCAGCAGCGCUCGAGCCCUUACAAGCCUAUCCGACACGUCAACAGACUCCUGCAUCCCGCAUCGACAUCUCUGGACCAGUACCAUCUGUCUGUACCAAUCCACCCCAAUCAGAUUCACUAUCAGCCUCUGGGGCGACGCAACGACGUGCGCACCGGUGUGGUGCCCGAAUUCGUCAUGUACAACAGACAACAGCAGCAACAGCUGCUGCCACAGAGCCGGCAUCAGGGCGUGUACCCCUAG